ACAGAAACAUGACUGCAGGACAGACAGCGGCUCAUUCUUGGCCAGACACGUGGCCAAGCGGACAGACAGCCAAACGGACAGACAGCUGGGUGGCAAAGGAUGAUUUCGUUCCUAAUGUUGCUGACCCUCACGUUGGCUCAGCCAGUGGCCCCAGAUGAGCAUCAUUGGUGCUAUGAAUCCCCAGCCAAGAAUAUGCCAUGUUUAGGUCCAAGCAACUGGACUGGGAGCUGCCAGCACAAACGACAAUCCCCAAUUAACAUUGACACUAAAGCAACCAAGAAAAGCUCUUCACUGGUCCCUUUCAGCUUCACCAACUAUGACAAGAAGGAGGAACGGGAAAUUAAGAACAAUGGGCACACAAGUCAUAAAGCUAGUGACUCAAUCAAGAUCUCUGGAGGUGGCCUGAAUGAGACUUACAAGGCAUUAUUCCAUCUGCACUGGUCAAACAGUCUUGACCAGGGCCUCCUGAACACACUAUCAAUGGGGCAGUCCUAUUGCCAAGAGAUGCACAUUGUCCAUAUCAAGGACAAGUAUUAUGAUGUGUCAGAAGCACUCGAUGGGAAAGGAAAUGAUGAAAUUGCUGUGCUGGGAUUCCUAAUAAAGCCUGCAACUGAAAAACAUUCCGGCUUCAACACUCUGGUGUCAAAACUGAAGAACAUCCAAUACAAGUCCCAGUCUGCCUUUCUAGAAGCGUUCAGCCUUUUUGACCUCAUCCCAAAAGUUGAUAAGUUGAAAAAUUACUACCGAUACUGGGGCUCCCUCACUACUCCUGAAUGCCAAGAGAAGGUCAUUUGGACGGUGUUUCAUGAACCCAUUGAACUCCACAAAGAAGACCAGAUCUUGGAAUUCUCCAGGAAGCUGUUCUAUAAUGAGAAGGAUGAAGAGAAAUUUCCCAUCAUAGACAACUUCCGGAAAACACAGCAACUAGGGAAUCGCCAGGUCUUUACCUCCGGUGUGGGAGUAUUAUUGCUCCAUGCCUGGCCCACGCUUGUGGCCCCUCUGCUGACCUACCUCUUGGCUGUCUUCCUCUACUAAGAGGCCCUGGACUUGGGACCUCUGAUCCUUGGACAUUUGACUUGCUAGACUCUGGGUUUUCACAAAUCUACUGUAAAGGUGUAUGUAUAUAUUUUUAGAUAAAUGUUUCCUCAGAACCUUA